ACUGGAUAAACCCCUCGCCAUUCUCAACAUCUCUUCACCCAACACCAAUUGCAAAAGCUAGGGUUCUUGAAAAUGGCCACAAUUUCAUCCUCCAUAAUAUCAUCUACCAGCUACCUUCAUCACCACUCAACCUCUAAAUCCUUCAAAAUUCAACAACCCAAAUUCACCCCCACCCUUUCUCAAACCUCUCUCAGAUUUACAAUUUCAAACCCUAGACACCCUACCAGACUUCUUUCUGUUGCCGAGGAAGCGCCCGCCACCGCCGUGACGUACGACCCCUCGUCGGAAGCCGCCAGGCGACUCUAUGUUGGUAACAUCCCUCGCACAACCAACAAUGAUGAACUCCACAAGGUUUUUGAAGAACAUGGUGCCAUUGAGAAAGUUGAGGUAAUGUAUGAUAAGUACUCGGGAAGGAGUAGACGAUUCGGGUUUGUAACAAUGAAGACCGUUGAUGACGCAAAUGCUGCUAUCGAGAAGCUAAACGGCACGGAAAUUGGAGGGCGUAAAAUCAAAGUAAAUGUAACGGAGAAGCCCUUGAACGGGGUCGGCUUCUCAGUUCUCCAAGCGGAGGAAACCCCAUUCGUUGACAGCCCUUACAAACUUUAUGUGGGCAAUCUUGCGAAAACAGUGACAUCAGAUUCACUCAAAACCUUCUUUUCCGAGAAAGGAAAUGUUGUUGGUGCCAAAGUAUCUCGAGUUCCCGGGACUUCUAAAUCAAGCGGGUUCGGGUUUGUUUCAUUCUCUUCAGAAGAGGAGGUGGAAGUCGCCAUUUCAUCUUUCAACGAUGCUGUGCUUGAAGGACAGAAGAUUCGCGUAAAUAAAGCGUAGUAUACAAGCGAAGAACUUUUCGACUUUUGUUGUUGUUAGAUAUGGGUUUUUGUGCGACUUUGAAAUGGUAAAAUUAUUAUUAUUAUUAUUCGGGAUUGUAGUCGAUAUUUUUUCUGAUCGUUACUCAUUUGUCUAUGAUUCUGCAUCUAUAUAUCAAAAUCAGGUCAUAUCAUACAUUUUAAAAAUG